UUUUUAAUUUAAAUUAAAACUAUUGUUGUUUACUACAAUUCUACAACGUAUUUCGCUGUUACUCAGCCGUCAGAUAAGAUAAAAAAAAAUCAUAUAAUAUAAUAUACCUUUUAUAUCAGAAAUGAUAUACAUUAACAUAUGUUUCAGGCUGCGCGUCAUCAUCCCGGAUUCGGUGAGGAAAUAUUUAACGCAUACGAUGGUUCCAUAGAAUGUCCGCAAACCGUAAAAUCAUCAAUGCGAUCAGAUAGUGGUGCAAAUGAAACAUUGGAUUGUUUGCGUUUGAAUAUCUACGUUCCUGCAAUAGCUAGUUCACAAAAUCCGUUGCCAGUAUUAGUAUGGAUUCAUGGGGGUAUAUAUGCUGUUGGUAGCGCAAGUCAUUACGAUCCCGAAAAUCUAGUUAGAAAAGGAAUUGUCGUAGUCACAAUUAAUUAUCGGUUGGGUCCCUAUGGAUUCAUGUGCCUAGAUGUACCGAAUGUUCCCGGGAACCAAGGUCUUAAAGACCAAUAUGAAGCCCUCACAUGGGUUAGAAGAAAUAUACGAGCGUUUGGUGGUAACCCUUAUAACGUAACCAUUGGCGGGCAAAGUGCAGGUGCAGGAUCUGCUUUACUUCAUUUAUAUUCCACUAAAGACAAGCUCUUCAAUAAAGUAAUUGCUCAAAGUGGUACUCCUCAUAAACCAGUUUCAUUUGUCAACGCGGAUAUUGAUGUCGCAAAAAAAUUGGCUUUACACCUGGGAUUCAACACCACAGAUACAUCUGAAGCGUUAGAAUUUCUCAAAGAUACACCACACAAAUUAGUAUCUGGCGCAGCUGCAGAUUUGAAUUUACAAUUAAGGCCAUGUAAAGAAAGAUCAUUUAGUGGAGUGGAGAACUUCAUAGACACGGAUCCAUUUUCUCUUUCAAAUGCCAAGAAAGUUAAAGGGACGCCAAUAUUAAUAGGUCAGACUAGCAAAGAGUAUCAAGGCUCUCAUGCUAAUGAAGAUGAUGAAUACUAUAAGCCCAGUAUAUUUAUUGAUACUUUAAAAGAAAGCUUUUAUUUAAACAACGAACAAAUGGAAGAAGCUGCACUAAUUGCUCGACAUUUCUACAUUGGUGACGAACCAAUAUCAAAAGAUUUAUUAUUUGAAUUAAACACAUUUUUGACGGAUUUCCUUUUAAAACAUCCCAUAGAACGCACUACUGCUAACUUAUUAAAAGAAAAUGCGAAACCGGUUUACCAAUAUGAAUUUCGUUAUGUCGGAGAUAGUGAAAAAGACGAAGCGGGACACAACGAAGAAUUGAAAUAUCUUUUCAAAUACGGCGGUGCUGUGGAAGCUAAUGAAAAAAAUCAAUUACUCACUGAUAGAAUUUCAAGAAUGUGGUCCAAUUUUGUAAAAUAUGGGUAAUAAUUCUUUGACUUUUUCUUGUCAUUAAGUGGCAACUUUAAUAUUAUUUUUAUUUUGAUUAGGUACAUUAAUGUUGUAUUUAUAACCAUGCUGUUCUAUUUUUUUUCAGAGAUCCAACGCCUGUGAUAGACGAUUUAUUGCCUAUCAAGUGGAAAUCUGCGGGAAAGGAUGCACGACCAUAUAUGAUUAUUGAUUCUGAUCUAAAAAUUGAGUAUCGAAUAAACAAGGAGAGUAUGGCUUUCUGGGAUCUCUUUUACAAAGCUUACGGGCACUAUAAUAUUUACACUAAAGAUUGCAGCUUU